AUGCAUCUCCCUAUUUGGACUGCAGUCCUCCUUGGACUAGUCCUGACUCCAGCCUUUGCUGAUUACUCUCAGCAGACAAAUGGAAACCAGCAAAUCAUCUUUGGUGGAGACUCUCAAAUCACUAUCACCGGCAUCUCACAAGGCGUGAAGCUCAACAGUCAAACAAGGGUGGCAAUCAUCGAGCAAAACAGCCAAAAUUUAUCAUGGAAAACCAUCUGGAACUACAACAGGGGUGUCAUUGCAACCAAAGUGACACAACAGAACACCUGCUACAUUUCCAUCAUGAACAGAACUGACAUACCCAGUUUUAAUAAUCUGGCCCGCCUGGCGGCAGAGAGCAGGAACCUGGUUGGUGUUCUUGGAAGACCGACCAAGAGGAUCACCUUUGUCACCAAUGGAUUGGUCAACAACCUCAACUCCUAUGGAAUAGAAAUCAUGGCUAUGUGCAGUGGACUCACCACCUACAUGGCUUAUGAAGUUCAUGGACUCGAAGUGAAUCUGGGAUCCUGCAUUACUCUCAAUGUCUUGAGAGCUGUGGAUCUGAGGUACUGCAAUAGCAAUGGCAAUUGGAACAACAACUGGAAUGGCAAUGGCAAUUGGAAUGGCAAUUUGAAUGGCAAUGGCAACUGGAAUGGCAACUGGAAUAUCACUGGCAAUUGGAAUGGCAACUGGAAUGGCAAUGGACAGUCUCAGCAGAUUCCAGGCAUCAUACUCAACAACACUCAAGGCAGCAUCUUCAACAACACACAAGUCAUCAUUGGUGGCCAGUCCCAAGUUGUGACCAUCAACAGGCAAUGGCGUGUGGCCAUCAUUGAGCAAAGGAGCUACAGCGGGUCCUGGAAAACCAUCUGGAACUACAACGCGGGUGUCAUUGCAACCAAAGUGACUCAACAGAACACCUGCUACAUUUCCAUCAUGAACAGAAAUGAGAUGCCCCGCUUUGAUAACCUGGCCCGUCUGGCACAAGAGAGCAGGAACCUGAUUGGUGGUUUUGGAAGACCGACCAAGAGGAUCACCUUUGUCACCAAUGGACUGGUCAACAACCUCUACUCCUAUGGAGCAGACGUCAUGGCGAUGUGCAGUGGACUCACCACCUACAUGGCUACCGAAGUUCACACUUUCCAAGGACCCCAGCUGAAUCUGGGAUCAUGCAUUACCCUCGAUGUCCUGAGAGUUGUAGAGCUGAAGUACUGCAAUAGCAAUGGCAAUUGGAAUGGCAAUUGGAAUGGCAACUGGAACAACAACUGGAAUAACAAUUGGAACAACAAUUGGAAUGGCAACUGGAACAACAACUGGAACAACAGUUGGAAUGACAUUGGCAAUGGCAACUGGAACAACAAUUGGAAUGGCAAUGGAAAUUGGAAUGGCAACUGGAAUGGCAAUGGCAACUGGAAUGGCAACUGGAAUGGCAAUUUCCCGUCUCAGCAGAUUCCCAAUGGCAUCUUCAACAACACCCAAGUCAUCAUUGGUGGCCAGUCCCAAAUUGUGACCAUCAACAGGCAAUGGCGUGUGGCUGUCAUUGAGCAAAGGAGCUACAGCGGGUCCUGGAAAACCAUCUGGAACUACAACACGGGCGUCAUUGCAACCAAAGUCACCCAACAGAACGCCUGCUACAUUUCCAUCAUGAACAGAAGCGAGAUGCCCCGCUUUGAUAACCUGGCCCGCCUGGCACAAGAGAGCAGGAACCUGAUUGGCGGUUUUGGAAGACCAACCAAGAGGAUCACCUUUGUCGCCAAUGGACUGGUCAACAACCUCUACUCCUAUGGAACAGAGAUCACGGCUAUGUGCAGCGGACUCAACACCUACAUGGCUACCGAAGUUCACACCUACCAAGGACCCCAGCUGAAUCUGGGAUCAUGCAUUACCCUCGAUGUCCUGAGAGUUGUAGAGCUGAAGUACUGCAAUAGCAAUUGGAAUGGCAACUGGAACAACAACUGGAACAACAACUGGAACAGCAACUGGAACAACAACUGGAAUGGCAACUGGAAUGGCAACUGGAAUGGCAAUUGGAAUGGCAUCGGCAAUGGCAACUGGAACAACAAUUGGAAUGGCAUUGGCAAUGGCAUCUGGAAUGACAAUUGGAAUGGAAACAACCAGUGGAACAACAAUUGGAAUGGCAAUGGCAACUGGAAUGGCAUUUGGAAUGGCAAUGGCAACUGGAAUGGCAACUGGAAUGGCAACUGGAAUGGCAAUUUCCCGUCUCAGCAGAUUCCCAACGGCAUCUUCAACAACACCCAAGUCAUCAUUGGUGGCCAGUCCCAAAUUGUAACCAUCAACAGGCAAUGGCGUGUGGCCGUCAUUGAGCAAAGGAGCUACAGCGGGUCCUGGAAAACCAUCUGGAACUACAACACGGGUGUCAUUGCAACCAAAGUGACUCAACAGAACACCUGCUACAUUUCCAUCAUGAACAGAAAUGAGAUGCCCCGCUUUGAUAACCUGGCCCACCUGGCGCAAGAGAGCAGGAACCUGAUCGGUGGUUUUGGAAGACCGACCAAGAGGAUCACCUUUGUCACCAAUGGAUUGGUCAGCAACCUCAACUCCUACGGAAUAGACAUCACGGCUAUGUGCAGCGGACUCACCACCUACAUGGCCUACGAAGUUAACACUUUCCAAGGACCCCAGCUGAAUCUGGGAUCAUGCAUUACCCUCGAUGUCCUGAGAGUUGUGGAGCUGAAGUACUGCAUUGGCAAUGGCAGUGUCAAUUUCCCGACUCAGCAGAUUCCCAGCGGCAUCUUCAACAACACACAAGUCAUCAUUGGUGGCCAGUCCCAAAUUGUGACCAUCAACAGGCAAUGGCGUGUGGCCGUCAUUGAGCAAAGGAACAUCAGCGGGUCCUGGAAAACCAUCUGGAACUACAACACGGGCGUCAUUGCAACCAAAGUCACCCAACAGAACGCCUGCUACAUUUCCAUCAUGAACAGAAAUGAGAUGCCCCGCUUUGAUAACCUGGCCCGCCUGGCACAAGAGAGCAGGAACCUGAUUGGCGGUUUUGGAAGACCAACCAAGAGGAUCACCUUUGUCGCCAAUGGACUGGUCAACAACCUCUACUCCUAUGGAACAGAGAUCACGGCUAUGUGCAGCGGACUCAACACCUACAUGGCUACCGAAGUUCACACCUACCAAGGACCCCAGCUGAAUCUGGGAUCAUGCAUUACCCUCGAUGUCCUGAGAGUUGUAGAGCUGAAGUACUGCAAUAGCAAUUGGAAUGGCAACUGGAACAACAACUGGAACAACAACUGGAACAGCAACUGGAACAACAACUGGAAUGGCAACUGGAAUGGCAACUGGAAUGGCAAUUGGAAUGGCAUCGGCAAUGGCAACUGGAACAACAAUUGGAAUGGCAUUGGCAAUGGCAUCUGGAAUGACAAUUGGAAUGGAAACAACCAGUGGAACAACAAUUGGAAUGGCAAUGGCAACUGGAAUGGCAUUUGGAAUGGCAAUGGCAACUGGAAUGGCAACUGGAAUGGCAACUGGAAUGGCAAUUUCCCGUCUCAGCAGAUUCCCAACGGCAUCUUCAACAACACCCAAGUCAUCAUUGGUGGCCAGUCCCAAAUUGUAACCAUCAACAGGCAAUGGCGUGUGGCCGUCAUUGAGCAAAGGAGCUACAGCGGGUCCUGGAAAACCAUCUGGAACUACAACACGGGUGUCAUUGCAACCAAAGUGACUCAACAGAACACCUGCUACAUUUCCAUCAUGAACAGAAAUGAGAUGCCCCGCUUUGAUAACCUGGCCCACCUGGCGCAAGAGAGCAGGAACCUGAUCGGUGGUUUUGGAAGACCGACCAAGAGGAUCACCUUUGUCACCAAUGGAUUGGUCAGCAACCUCAACUCCUACGGAAUAGACAUCACGGCUAUGUGCAGCGGACUCACCACCUACAUGGCCUACGAAGUUAACACUUUCCAAGGACCCCAGCUGAAUCUGGGAUCAUGCAUUACCCUCGAUGUCCUGAGAGUUGUGGAGCUGAAGUACUGCAUUGGCAAUGGCAGUGUCAAUUUCCCGACUCAGCAGAUUCCCAGCGGCAUCUUCAACAACACACAAGUCAUCAUUGGUGGCCAGUCCCAAAUUGUGACCAUCAACAGGCAAUGGCGUGUGGCCGUCAUUGAGCAAAGGAACAUCAGCGGGUCCUGGAAAACCAUCUGGAACUACAACACGGGCGUCAUUGCAACCAAAGUCACCCAACAGAACGCCUGCUACAUUUCCAUCAUGAACAGAAAUGAGAUGCCCCGCUUUGAUAACCUGGCCCGCCUGGCACAAGAGAGCAGGAACCUGAUUGGCGGUUUUGGAAGACCAACCAAGAGGAUCACCUUUGUCGCCAAUGGACUGGUCAACAACCUCUACUCCUAUGGAACAGAGAUCACGGCUAUGUGCAGCGGACUCAACACCUACAUGGCUACCGAAGUUCACACUUUCCAAGGACCCCAGCUGAAUCUGGGAUCAUGCAUUACCCUCGAUGUCCUGAGAGUUGUAGAGCUGAAGUACUGCAAUAGCAAUUGGAAUGGCAAUUGGAAUGGCAAUUGGAACGGCAACUGGAACGGCAACUGGAACAACAACUGGAACAACAACUGGAACAACAACUGGAAUGGCAACUGGAAUGGCAACUGGAAUGGCAACUGGAAUGGCAAUUGGAAUGGCAUCGGCAAUGGCAACUGGAACAACAAUUGGAAUGGCAUUGGCAAUGGCAUCUGGAAUGACAAUUGGAAUGGAAACAACCAGUGGAACAACAAUUGGAAUGGCAAUGGCAACUGGAAUGGCAUUUGGAAUGGCAAUGGCAACUGGAAUGGCAACUGGAAUGGCAACUGGAAUGGCAAUUUCCCGUCUCAGCAGAUUCCCAACGGCAUCUUCAACAACACACAGGUCAUCAUUGGUGGCCAGUCCCAAAUUGUGACCAUCAACAGGCAAUGGCGUGUGGCCGUCAUUGAGCAAAGGAGCUACAGCGGGUCCUGGAAAACCAUCUGGAACUACAACACGGGUGUCAUUGCAACCAAAGUGACUCAACAGAACACCUGCUACAUUUCCAUCAUGAACAGAAAUGAGAUGCCCCGCUUUGAUAACCUGGCCCACCUGGCACAAGAGAGCAGGAACCUGAUCGGUGGUUUUGGAAGACCGACCAAGAGGAUCACCUUUGUCACCAAUGGAUUGGUCAGCAACCUCAACUCCUACGGAAUAGACAUCACGGCUAUGUGCAGCGGACUCACCACCUACAUGGCCUACGAAGUUAACACUUUCCAAGGACCCCAGCUGAAUCUGGGAUCAUGCAUUACCCUCGAUGUCCUGAGAGUUGUGGAGCUGAAGUACUGCAUUGGCAAUGGCAGUGUCAAUUUCCCGUCUCAGCAGAUUCCCAGCGGCAUCUUCAACAACACACAAGUCAUCAUUGGUGGCCAGUCCCAAAUUGUGACCAUCAACAGGCAAUGGCGUGUGGCCGUCAUUGAGCAAAGGAACAUCAGCGGGUCCUGGAAAACCAUCUGGAACUACAACACGGGCGUCAUUGCAACCAAAGUCACCCAACAGAACGCCUGCUACAUUUCCAUCAUGAACAGAAGCGAGAUGCCCCGCUUUGAUAACCUGGCCCGCCUGGCACAAGAGAGCAGGAACCUGAUUGGCGGUUUUGGAAGACCAACCAAGAGGAUCACCUUUGUCGCCAAUGGACUGGUCAACAACCUCUACUCCUAUGGAACAGAGAUCACGGCUAUGUGCAGCGGACUCACCACCUACAUGGCUACCGAAGUUCACACCUACCAAGGACCCCAGCUGAAUCUGGGAUCAUGCAUUACCCUCGAUGUCCUGAGAGUUGUAGAGCUGAAGUACUGCAAUAGCAAUUGGAAUGGCAAUUGGAAUGGCAAUUGGAAUGGCAACUGGAACGGCAACUGGAACAACAACUGGAACAACAACUGGAACGGCAACUGGAACGGCAACUGGAAUGGCAAUUGGAAUGGCAUCGGCAAUGGCAACUGGAACAACAAUUGGAAUGGCAUUGGCAAUGGCAUCUGGAAUGACAAUUGGAAUGGAAACAACCAGUGGAACAACAAUUGGAAUGGCAAUGGCAACUGGAAUGGCAUUUGGAAUGGCAAUGGCAACUUGAAUGGCAACUGGAAUGGCAACUGGAAUGGCAAUUUCCCGUCUCAGCAGAUUCCCAACGGCAUCUUCAACAACACCCAAGUCAUCAUUGGUGGCCAGUCCCAAAUUGUGACCAUCAACAGGCAAUGGCGUGUGGCCGUCAUUGAGCAAAGGAGCUACAGCGGGUCCUGGAAAACCAUCUGGAACUACAACACGGGUGUCAUUGCAACCAAAGUGACUCAACAGAACACCUGCUACAUUUCCAUCAUGAACAGAAAUGAGAUGCCCCGCUUUGAUAACCUGGCCCACCUGGCGCAAGAGAGCAGGAACCUGAUCGGUGGUUUUGGAAGACCGACCAAGAGGAUCACCUUUGUCACCAAUGGAUUGGUCAGCAACCUCAACUCCUACGGAAUAGACAUCACGGCUAUGUGCAGCGGACUCACCACCUACAUGGCCUACGAAGUUAACACUUUCCAAGGACCCCAGCUGAAUCUGGGAUCAUGCAUUACCCUCGAUGUCCUGAGAGUUGUGGAGCUGAAGUACUGCAUUGGCAAUGGCAGUGUCAAUUUCCCGACUCAGCAGAUUCCCAGCGGCAUCUUCAACAACACACAAGUCAUCAUUGGUGGCCAGUCCCAAAUUGUGACCAUCAACAGGCAAUGGCGUGUGGCCGUCAUUGAGCAAAGGAACAUCAGCGGGUCCUGGAAAACCAUCUGGAACUACAACACGGGCGUCAUUGCAACCAAAGUCACCCAACAGAACGCCUGCUACAUUUCCAUCAUGAACAGAAAUGAGAUGCCCCGCUUUGAUAACCUGGCCCGCCUGGCACAAGAGAGCAGGAACCUGAUUGGCAUUUUUGGAAGACCAACCAAGAGGAUCACCUUUGUCGCCAAUGGACUGGUCAACAACCUCUACUCCUAUGGAACAGAGAUCACGGCUAUGUGCAGCGGACUCAACACCUACAUGGCUACCGAAGUUCACACUUUCCAAGGACCCCAGCUGAAUCUGGGAUCAUGCAUUACCCUCGAUGUCCUGAGAGUUGUAGAGCUGAAGUACUGCAAUAGCAAUUGGAAUGGCAAUUGGAAUGGCAAUUGGAAUGGCAAUUGGAACGGCAACUGGAACGGCAACUGGAACAACAACUGGAACAACAACUGGAACAACAACUGGAAUGGCAACUGGAACGGCAACUGGAAUGGCAUCGGCAAUGGCAACUGGAACAACAAUUGGAAUGGCAUUGGCAAUGGCAUCUGGAAUGACAAUUGGAAUGGAAACAACCAGUGGAACAACAAUUGGAAUGGCAAUGGCAACUGGAAUGGCAUUUGGAAUGGCAAUGGCAACUGGAAUGGCAACUGGAAUGGCAACUGGAAUGGCAAUUUCCCGUCUCAGCAGAUUCCCAACGGCAUCUUCAACAACACACAGGUCAUCAUUGGUGGCCAGUCCCAAAUUGUGACCAUCAACAGGCAAUGGCGUGUGGCCGUCAUUGAGCAAAGGAGCUACAGCGGGUCCUGGAAAACCAUCUGGAACUACAACACGGGUGUCAUUGCAACCAAAGUGACUCAACAGAACACCUGCUACAUUUCCAUCAUGAACAGAAAUGAGAUGCCCCGCUUUGAUAACCUGGCCCACCUGGCGCAAGAGAGCAGGAACCUGAUCGGUGGUUUUGGAAGACCGACCAAGAGGAUCACCUUUGUCACCAAUGGAUUGGUCAGCAACCUCAACUCCUACGGAAUAGACAUCACGGCUAUGUGCAGCGGACUCACCACCUACAUGGCCUACGAAGUUAACACUUUCCAAGGACCCCAGCUGAAUCUGGGAUCAUGCAUUACCCUCGAUGUCCUGAGAGUUGUGGAGCUGAAGUACUGCAUUGGCAAUGGCAGUGUCAAUUUCCCGACUCAGCAGAUUCCCAGCGGCAUCUUCAACAACACACAAGUCAUCAUCGGUGGCCAGUCCCAAAUUGUGACCAUCAACAGGCAAUGGCGUGUGGCUGUCAUUGAGCAAAGGAACAUCAGCGGGUCCUGGAAAACCAUCUGGAACUACAACACGGGCGUCAUUGCAACCAAAGUCAACCAACAGAAUGCCUGCUACAUUUCCAUCAUGAACAGAAAUGAGAUGCCCCGCUUUGAUAACCUGGCCCGCCUGGCACAAGAGAGCAGGAACACCUCUGUCUUUGAAGCUAUCUUCAAGGCUUGCUAG